UGCCUUACAGUGCGGACUGUAAAAGGGGGAUGCGCCUGUGUUAACCAACCUGGCAACCUGCCGGUGGUUAGUUAGGAGAAGAUGGUGGACUCGAAGGUAGCAACGUGCUCGAAACUCCGUCUGCAAAAAUAUUCACUCUGUCAACCUGGACUUAGAUAUAGAUUACCCGGAGACAACCACAGAUAAUAAACCGAAAACCCCGUUUAGGAACGAGACCUUUAUUUAAGUAAUUGGGUUAAACAGAAGGAGAGUUUAGGUCCUUAAAAGGACGUUUGAGCCGAAACGUGGACUAAAAGAUUUCUAAUUUAUUUAUUAUUUUCUGGAGAUUUCGGUGGAGCAGAACUACGGAGACCGACCAGCCGAGUUCCGCCGCUGACUUUACUCCGACUGUCACAGUUAACAAGCUGAGUGGGACCAGCUAGUUAGCGAGCUAACCUCAGCUAACUAGCUCAACAUGCCUCGGAGUAAAAAAGGGAAGCGCGGCUUCACUAAACCGGGGUCCCUACGCCAGGAGGUUCUUCAGCUUUCAGCUAAAGCCUCUCCCUUAUUAAAAGGCAUUAAAAAUGGGGUGAAAGCAGAGUCGGGAGCCAGCGACGACGACCUGAUGUCUGAUGUCCUGAGUCACUACAGCAGUGCCAGUGAAAGCACGUCGGUCCUGGAGGAAGGAACAGGAGGGGAAUCGGUAGACGAGCAGACUGCACAGGAGGAAACUGAAGACAAACUCAAACAGUGUAUUGACAACCUGACGGAUAAGAGUGCCAAGACUCGUCUGGCGGCCCUCGAGUCAUUGCGGCUGGCCUUCUCAUCCAGAGUACUGUACGAUUUCUUGACGGAGAGACGCCUCACCAUCAGUGACUGCUUGGAAAGAAGCCUUAAAAAAGGCAGCAGUGACGAGCAGGCGGCAGCAGCCACGGUCUUUGCUCUGCUCUGUAUCCAGCUUGGGGGUGGAGCCGAGUCAGAAGAAGGCUUCAAAAUGCUCCGCCCCAUCUUCACCACCAUCCUGAUUGACAGCGGAGCCAACCUUGCCGCGCGCCAGCGUUGUGCCAGAGCUCUGGGAAUGUGCUGUUAUGUUUCUACUGCUGAAGAUGGUGAGGAUUUGGUGAAGUCUUUGGCCCUUCUGGAGAGCGUGUUCAUGUCAUCCUAUCCCAGCAGAGAUGGAACACUGCCCACACUCAAAUCUGGCACUUCAGGCCUCCACUGCGCCGCCCUGCAGGCCUGGUCACUGCUGGUCACCCUGUGUCCUGCAUCCAGAUUGUCUGAACUGCUCGACAUUCACCUUCCCAAACUGCAGGCCUGUCUGCAGAGCAGCGACGUCAACUACAGGAUCGCCGUGGGAGAGACCAUCGCGUUGCUGGUGGAGCUGGGACGAGAUCUUGAUGAGGAUUUUGAGGUGGAUGACGCUGAAAGUCUGUGUGUGAGUUUGAAGAGUUUAGCCACUGACGGAAACAAACACCGAGCCAAAAACGACAGGAGGAAACAGCGCUCCAUCUUCAGAGAGGUGCUGCAUUACAUCGAGAAUGAUGACUUCACGGAGGAGAAGAUUCGGUUUGGGCUGGAGAGUGUUUUCAUCGAUAGCUGGACAAGGAGGAGAAUUUACGAUGCCUUCAAAGAGAUGAUGGAGUCUGGAGUCAGAUACCAGCUGCAGUACAAUCCACUGUUGAGGGACAUAUUUCAAUUGGGCCCUCCGCUGAUCCUGGGCGCUGCUGUAAGAGGCAACAAGAUCUCACGGUUUGAGAAGCAUCUCUUCAACGCUGCUGCCUUCAAAGCCCGGACAAAACAACGGAACAAAGUCCGGGACAAACGAGCCGACGUCAUGUGACACGACCAGCACGUCAAUGUGGAUUCAGUGCCUUCAAACACUGACACACGUUAAGACCCACUCGCCCGCAGACUCGGCACAGCCAACAUUUUGUCAGCAUGAAUUUGUUUUUUUCAUGGCGACUCGUUUGGAAGGAGGAGAUUUGAAGGGCUCUGUGGUUCAGAGGAUUUCCUGAAGUUAACUGUUGCUGCAGAUUGUAGAACAGCUCUAGAAGUUGAGUCAAAUGCUUCCUUGAGUACAACGAUGUACACACGAAAGCACCUGAGAAGGGGAUCACAGAUAUCAUCUUUCUGAGAUUUUUAUGAUGUUGUGAGUUCUUACCAAGAAGAUCAAAGCCCAUAAAUGGCUCCAAACCU